GAAGUGAGUCAGUGUCCGCGGACCCGGCCGGCCAAGGCCCGCGCCCGCCCCGGCCUCGAGAGGCCCCAAGAGGCCCUGGCCCGGGGGCGGCGGCGGCCAUGGCCGGUGGGCCGGGCCCGGGGGACCCCGCGGCCCCCGGCGCCCAGCACUUCUUGUACGAGGUGCCGCCCUGGGUCAUGUGCCGCUUCUACAAAGUGAUGGACGCCCUGGAGCCCGCCGACUGGUGCCAGUUCGCCGCCCUGAUCGUGCGCGACCAGACCGAGCUGCGGCUGUGCGAGCGCUCCGGACAGCGCACGGCCAGCGUCCUGUGGCCCUGGAUCAACCGCAACGCCCGCGUGGCCGACCUCGUGAGCAUCCUCACGCACCUGCAGUUGCUCCGCGCUCGGGACAUCAUCACGGCCUGGCACCCUCCCGCCCCUCUUCUGCCCCCCAGCACCAGCACCCCGAGGCCCAGCAGCCCCCCUGCACCCUGUGAGGCUGAGGUCCCCCGCCCCCGGAAGUUGCAGACGUCAGCCUCCACACUCCCCUCCCCAGCUUUUCCAGGCUCCCAGACCCAUUCUGGGGCUGAGCUCGGUCCUGUCCCAAGCCCUGCUGCCCUCCAGCCACCACCACCAUAUCCAGCCCCUUCCUCUACCAAGCCUAACCCAGAGAGCCCAGUAUCCCUCCUGCAGGGGGCCCAGCCCUCUCCAUUCUGCUGGCCCCUCAGCGAGAUCUCCCAGGGCACCCACAACUUCUCAGAGGAGCUGAAGAUCGGGGAGGGUGGCUUCGGGUGUGUGUACCGGGCGGUGAUGAGGAACACGCUGUAUGCUGUGAAGAGGCUGAAGGAGGGGGCCGACCUGGAGUGGACCACAGUGAAGCAGAGCUUCCUGACCGAAGUGGGGCAACUGUCACGGUUUCGUCACCCAAACAUCGUGGACUUCGCUGGCUACUGUGCUCAGAGUGGCUUCUACUGCCUCGUCUAUGGCUUCCUGCCCAAUGGCUCCCUGGAAGACCGCCUGCACUCCCAGAGCCAGGCCUGCCCCCCUCUCUCCUGGCCUCAGCGACUGAACAUCCUUCUGGGCACAGCACGGGCGAUUCAGUUUUUACACCAGGACAGCCCCAGCCUCAUCCAUGGAGAUGUCAAAAGUUCCAACGUCCUUCUGGAUGAGAGACUGAUGCCCAAACUGGGAGACUUUGGCCUGGCCCGUCUCAGCCGUUUUGCAGGGGCCAGUCCCGGCCAGAGCAGCACGGUGGCCCGGACACGGACCGUGCGUGGCACCCUGGCCUACCUGCCUGAGGAUUACGUCAAGACAGGGAGACUGGCCGUGGACACGGAUACCUUCAGCUUCGGCGUGGUAGUGCUGGAGACCCUGGCCGGCCAGAGGGCCGUGAGGAUGCAUGGUGCCGGGACCAAGUAUCUGAUGCUAGGGGCCUUUCCAGACCGCACCUGGGCCGGGAGCGGGGAAGGGGUCGUCCCAGCAAGGCAGUCCCAGUGCUCUGGGACCAGAAGCUACAGCAGAAAACAGCACAGGGCCCUGGGAGAGGCUGUGAAAGACCUCGUUGAAGAAGAGGCCGAGGAGGCCGGGGUGACUUUGAAAAGCACCCAGACCACACUGCAAGCAGGUCUGGCCACAGGUGCCUGGGCUGCCCCAAUUGCCAGCCAGAUCUGUAAGAAGCACGUGGACCCCAGGCCUGGGCCAUGCCCACCCGAGCUGGGCCUGGCCCUGGGCCAGCUGGCUUGCUGCUGCCUGCACCGCCGGGCCAAGAGGAGACCCCCCAUGACCCAGGUGUAUGAGAGUCUGGAGAAGCUGCAGGCGGCCGUGGCAGGACCAGCCCUGCAGCCAGAGGCUGCCAGCCGAGGCCCCUCUUCCCCACAGGAAAACUCCUACGUUUCCCUCACUGGCAGUGCCCCACGCGGUGCCAGCCCACUGCAGCCCCUGGCGGUUCCCUCAGGAGCACCAGCCCAGGCUCCAGAGCGGCUCCAGAAAGGCCCCAACCAGCCCGUGGAGAGUGACGAGAGUGUGUCCGGGCUGUCUGCUGCCCUGCAUUCCUGGCGCCUGAGCCCGCGCUGCCCCCCGGGCCUGGCCUGGCCAGGCAGCCCCGGGCGGGGGGCCACCGUGUGGGCCCCAGCAGCCCUUGGGCAGGCCGGCUGUACUCAAGGGGGCGCCACCCAAGAGUCGAGCUGGGGGAGCGGCCCAGGGCCCCAGCUGGCAGCUAUGGAAGGAUCGCUCGUGAGCAGCUCCGCCUCAUCGCGGCCGCCGCGGAUCGUCAUCAACCCGGCCCGACAGAAGAUGGUGCAGAAGCUGGCCUUGUAUGAGGAUGGGGUCCUGGACAGCCUGCAGCUGCUGUCAUCAAGCUCCCUCCCAGGCUUCGCUGUGGAACACCAGAACAGGCAGGGGCCCGAAGAGAGUGAUGAAUUUCAGAGCUGAUCGGUUCACCUGGCACAUUCCCCAAACCUGGAAGUCAAAGUUCUCAUAGUCGGAAGUUCUCAUGGCUCUCGAAUCCUCAGCAGCCCGUGGGCGGUGGGGGGUGGGGGCCCCCUCUGCACAGGGGAGAGCAGGUGGUGGCCCCAGCUGCGCUCGGGGUGUGGGCACAGGCCGGGCUCGGAGCGCCCCCGGCCAGCUGCUAGAAGCUGUCUCAAGGCCUGCCUUCGUUCCAGCAUUUGGGGGACAGGAAAGCCGUUACUGUUGGGGAGGAGAGGUGAGCGGGGUGGCCAGUCCAGUAGGAUGGAGCAGGGAGCUGGCUCCCCUAAGACCUGGGCAGGGCAGCCCUUAGGCCUUCUCUUUGGACUUGGCUGAAGCCCCAGGGAGAAGAGGCCGCUCUGUAGGAGAGAGCAUAUGAGGCCUGGGGCCCUCCCAGCCUCUUGUAACUUGAAAAAGUAAGGUGUGGCUGUUCUGUGGUUCGGUUCACGCACGAGAUACCCGAGAGCCCGGCAGUGCCCUCUCAGCAGGCCCGUGUCCGCAGGCUGCACCAGGGACCCGGGAGCAAAGCCUAACGUGACGGCCUGCCGGCCAGGCCACCCCUGGGUGCGCCCACCGACGGGUGCCAAGCCAGGUCAGGCUCCAGAGGCCGCUGGCUCAGUCUCACUCAGGGCCAGGCAGUGACAAUGACAGAGGGGCUACUGCCCAGGUCUGGGCUAGGCCCAAACCUUAAGUUACCCAGACAGCGAGAAGCCCCAGGAAGGUGGGGAGUUGGAAGCAAGGCAAAGAAGGAGGAAGAAGAAAAUCGGACUCACAUUUUUAAAAGCAAGUCAGGUUUCAUGUAAUUGAGUGUCUUGGAAAGAUGUUUUAUCUGCGACCAUGAGUCACACUACAUGCCCCACGAAGCUAGGCGUUGCUGAAGUCCAAGUUGUCCAGGAGGAAUAAAAGCUUACGUCUCAA